CUGGACCUUGUAUAAUAUAAAGGGGAAGAAAGGGGGUGAGGGUUUUAGAGAGCGCGGCGCAAAGCUAGUGGUAAUAAUUAUUCAUCAAGAAACACAAAGAAGAUUAUGGAUUCUUUCUCAUCACCAUCAGCAAGCGGCGGAUCAUCCCCUCCAAUCUCUCAAGAAGAUUUCAUGAACCAACUCAAAACCCAACUCGCCCAGGCCUAUGCUGAGGAGUUUCUCGAGACUGUUAGGGGAAAGUGCUUUGACAAGUGCAUCACGAAACCAGGCAGUAGCUUGAGUGGUGGUGACAGUAGCUGCAUUUCAAGGUGUGUUGAUCGUUAUAUGGAAGCCACUGGUAUCAUCAGCAGAGCUCUGUUUUCCUCCCAACGCUGAAGAUAAAACAUCACAGGCAACAAGCUUUAAGUAGAAUCUACAUGGAGAAGAGUAGUAACAAUUUACUAUGCAUUGCAUCUGCAUGGAGUUUACUUGAUUUUCCGUUUAAUUGGAACUACCAAUAUGAAUAUGUGUACUUGAAACUUUAGGCAAAGGUUUAUUUCUAUGAAACAGUCCAACUUCUUGGUUAAGAAUCCACCAUGUUUAUUUUA